AGAGGGCGAUGCGCAGCCGAUCAUCAAAACCUAAAACCUCAGCAACUCGCUUACAAAAUAAGCGGGUUUUGGUGGCGAGAGCUGCUGUCUGUAUUAUUCAACAAUUAGGGACGCGGGCGCCCUUUCGAUUUGGUUAAUGACAGAUAUAUCGACAAUAUCAGACACCGGAUACCACUGCCCUGGAAUUGUUUGAUAUAUUUUGGAAUCAUUAUUUGAGCAGACUGAAAGCAGAAUAAUUAGAAUAUUAUGGCACCAGUCCGUUGGCGGCCAUAGAUCUAGAGCAGAGCGUAUUCUGAGGCCCAUGUCUCUUCUCUGGAAGCCCUAGAACCAGUGUCAUCCUCCUCCUCUUCUGUUGGUGGUGGCUUCCCCUGUAGGACCAUGUCGGCAGCACAGACUCAGAAGGACGGUGAAGGCCCCUGGGGACUGGAUUCCCUGGGCCUGAGCCAGAGAGAGUUGGUAAUGGCUGAAGCUCUACAGAUGGAGUAUGAUGCCCUGUCAAGACUUAAACAGGACAAGGGUGGGGACAGCCAGGGGACCAGCUGCCAGGGGGUUGGGAAGUUACCUACGCUACCCCCUAGGGAGGGCCAGAGCCAGAUCGAUCGCCCCCUCCCACCCUGCCCCAGCCCUCUUCCUCCAGGAGGGAGUUUGCUAAGAGGGCUAUCUGGUUCGGACCCAUUCCUCAACCACCUUCAGCCUGGGGGGUCCCACUCCCCACGUCCCUCCCCAGCCAGGGCCACUCCUCCUCUGGGAAGCUACAGCAAAGAACCCCUCUAUAUCCUGGAGAGUUCAGGGAAGGGGGACUACCUGAACUCCAGCUAUGGGCACUCAGGGUCUAGCUAUGGUUCUCCUCUGACUCUGCUUAAAGGCUUCCCCCCUCCUCCAGAUGACCCUCCUCCUGCUGUACCCCCAAGGACCCCUCUACCCCCCUCCACUGAGCCCUUCCCACCCUCCCGACGCACUGUGGCGCCCCGGGACGUCAACCUGUUCACCCCUGAGGUAGAUCAGCCCAAACUGUCGUCAGGGGAGAUGCACAACUACGAGAGCCUCAACGAUGCCCUCUCCAAGCUUAAUGGGGAUUGGCUGGCGCCAAGGGGUAGGCGGGCCAACGGGGACCAAUCAGGGAAGCCGGUGGCUCGGAGUAAGACCCUCCCCCCUCAGGUGCCCCCCCGCACUUACGUACCUAUCCAGAAGAGCAACAAGAACCAGCGCAGAGUGUCGGCCGACCCGGUGUCUCUGGCCCCCAGGCUUAAUGGUUUUGGCUAUGAGCUCUUCCAGGUGUCAGAGGAAAGAGAUGAGGAGGUGGCCGCCUUCUGUCACAUGCUCGACGUGUUGCGGUCGGCGUAUCCAAGCAGCGACCCCUCUAACAACUCUGGGUUUGUGUGGUCGCCUUCAGUGGGGCCUGAAGAGUUGCAACAGGGGUUAGGGGUCAGCGUCAAAGUUACGGUCAUCAGCGACCACAUCAGAGAACCACUCACCUUCACCUGUGAUGGGUCAUCUACAGUGGACUUGUUGAUCUACCAGACGUUGUGUUAUGCUAAUGAGGACCUGGACCACAUCGACGUCGACCACUACCUGCUCAAGGUCUGCGGUCAAGCUGAGUUCCUAGAGAAUUCCCAGACGUUGGCAGAGUUGGAGUAUAUCCAGCUGUGUCUGAAGUUUGACUGGGACAUCCGUCUUUUCCUUACCAAGAGAGGCUCUAUCAACACAGAACUGGGCCGCACGGAGGAUGAUGAUGACACGCCCUCUACGAUGAACCACGGCAUUCUGCUGCAGGAACGACCAAUCAGACAGACCGUUACAAGAGAGGCUUUGACUCUGCUCCUGGAUACCUUUCACAACGAGGCUGAGUCCUUUCUACUAUCAGAGGUGGAGCUUGUGUUGCAUGUGGAACGGUUGGUCCAAUCAGUGAAGGCUCUCUGCAGCUCGCUGGCUGCUGUGGAAACGCCUGACAUCACUUCCGCCCUCAACCAGCUCCCAGCAUGCCCCUGUCGUCUGCAGCCUAGAGUCCAGAAGGAUCCGUCACUGCUGGCCAUCAAAGAGAACAGAGAGAAAGUGGUGGAGAAGCUGACGGCAGCCAUUUUGGAUCUGGUGGAGCUGUACUGUAGCACGUUCAAUGCUAACUUCCACACCACGGUGCAGAGCAACCGACACACGUCACCCACACAGGAAGCAGGCCUGGUCACCAACGUCCUGUCUUUCAGCGUCUACGCUGCACAUCGCAUCCCCAUCACAUGGGCUGCCAGCUACGAGGGCUUCUUCCUGUCAUGCUCCCUGACCCAUGGAGGGGCGGAACUUUGUGCCCCGCAGCACACCAGCAAACAGCAGGUCAGCAAGUACCUGUUUCACCUGGUGGUCUGGGACCAGAGGGUGUGUUUCCCAGUGCAGAUUAACCAGUUGCCAAGGGAGACCCAGCUGACGGUGACUCUGUAUGCCAGCGCUCUACCACCCCCUGGAGGUGCGGAGGAGAAGGGCAGCAAGCAGCGGAGGAGCAUCGACUCUCUGGGCUGGGUCACCAUGCCCCUCUUCAACUUCAGACACAUCCUGACGUGUGGGAGGAAGCUACUGGGUCUGUGGCCUUCCACCCCAGGAAGUAACACUCGCUCCAGCUCCCCCAACUUCAGCCAGCCUGACAGCGUCAUCCUGCAGGUGGACUUUCCCACGUCGUCGUUUGAGGUGCGCUUUAGCACCCCCCCUCCCGCAGAGUUCAGUCCCCAGUAUGACUUCUCCAGACUCGACCAGCACAGCCAGAGACAACUGCAGGAUGUACUGCACAAGAAAUCACUCUUCUGGUUGACUCCAGAGGACAAGCGUCUGUUGUGGGAGAAACGUUCGUUCUGCCAGUCAGAGAGUGGUGCCCUGCCCCUGGUGCUGGCUAGUGCCCCCCGCUGGGAGUGGGCAUGCCUGUCAGAUAUCUAUGCCCUGCUCCGCCAGUGGGCAUGUCUCAACCACCACGACGCACUGGGCCUUCUGCAUGCCACCUUCCCUGAUCAGGAGCUGAGGCGUACUGCAGUACAGUGGAUGGACACCAUCUCUGACCCUGAGCUGCUGGACUUCCUGCCGCAGCUGGUGCAGGCUCUGAAAUAUGAGUGUUACCUUGAUAGCCCGUUGGUACGUUUCCUGCUACGGAGAGCCAUAGGGGACAUGCGCAUCGCACACUACCUCUUCUGGUUGUUGAAGGACACUCUGCAGGACAGUCAGUUCAGUGGGAGGUACCAGCACCUGUUAGCAGGCCUGCUGUGCUGUGUGGGUGGGGGUCUCAGGGAGGAGUUUGACAGACAGUGCUGGCUAGUCAGCAUCCUGGCUAAAGUAGCCCAACGUGUCCGGGACACCUCUCCCUCCAGCAGGCAGGCCAUCCUUCGGGAGGGACUGGAGGAGGUCAGGCAGUUCUUCUCAGUCAGCAGCAGCUGCCGUCUCCCCCUCAACCCCGGCAUGCUGGUCAAAGCCGUCAACAUACAGUCGUGUUCCUACUUCAACUCCAAUGCCGUGCCCCUCAAACUGUCCUUCCAGAACCUGGACCCACGAGGAGACAACAUCAACGUCAUCUUCAAGUCAGGUGAUGACCUGCGCCAGGACAUGCUGACCUUGCAGAUCAUCCGCAUCAUGAACAAGAUCUGGAUCCAGGAGGGACUGGACAUGAGGAUGGUCAUCUUCAGAUGCUUCUCUACUGGACGAGGCAGAGGUAUGGUGGAGAUGAUUCCCCAGGCUGAGACUCUGAGGAAGAUCCAGGGGGAACAUGGAGUGACUGGUUCCUUUAAGGACCGCCCCCUGGCUGACUGGCUGCAGAAACACAACCCUACAGAGGACGAGUACGAGAAGGCUGUGGAGAACUUCAUUUACUCGUGCGCAGGCUGCUGCGUGGCCACCUACAUCCUGGGCAUCUGUGACCGCCACAACGACAACAUCAUGCUGAAGACCAGCGGUCACAUGUUCCACAUCGACUUCGGCAAGUUCCUGGGACAUGCACAAAUGUUUGGCAACAUCAAACGGGACCGUGCUCCGUUUGUGUUCACCUCUGACAUGGCCUACGUCAUCAACGGAGGAGACAAACCUUCCAGUCGCUUCCAUGACUUUGUGGACCUGUGCUGUGAGGCCUACAACCUCAUCCGCAAACACGCACACCUCUUCCUCAACCUACUGGGACUGAUGUUGUCGUGUGGCAUCCCUGAGCUGUCCGACCUGGAUGAUCUGAAGUACGUCUACGACGCGCUGAGACCUCACGAGUCUGAGGCUGACGCCACCAUGUACUUCACCAGGUUGAUAGAGUCCAGUCUGGGCAGUGUUGCCACUAAGUUGAACUUCUUCAUCCAUAACUUGGCUCAGAUGAAGUUUGCCUCAUCCGAGGAGCGUCCUGUGCUCUCCUUCGCCCCACGGGUUUACACCCUCAAGACUGACGGACUCAUCCGCAACCUCUUUGUCUGCCGACACAUACGAACCUACAGCCCCAGCAAAGGAUACGCGUUUGUGGUGAAGGUGGAGCGGGAAGGCCAGCAGGGGUCAGUGUUGGUCCAGAGGAGCUUUGAGGAGUUCUAUGAACUACACAGUAAACUACGCCUCAUCUUCCCCUCAUCCAAACUACCCAGUUUCCCCAGCCGCUUUUUGAUUGGGCGGUCUCGAGGAGAGGCGAUGGCUGACAGGAGGAAAGACGAGCUGAACGGAUACGUCUGGCAUCUGGUGCAUGCUGCGCCAGAGGUCGCCCAGUGUGACCUCAUCUACACUUUCUUCCAUCCUCUGCAAAGAGACGAGAAACCUGGAACAGUGGUGAACACACUGCAGAGCAAACCUGCAGAGAUCUGUUGGGGUCCAGUCUCAGGCAAAGUGGUAGGAGAGGUCAAGCUCUCCAUCUCCUAUAAGAGUGACAAGCUCUUCAUCAUGGUCAUGCACAUACGAGGCCUGCAACCCUUGCAGGAUGGGACAGACCCUGACCCCUACGUCAAGCUGUACCUCCUCCCAGACCCCCAGAAAACCGGCAAGAGGAAGACCAAGGCUGCGAGACGCACCUGCAACCCCACCUACAAUGAGAUGCUGGUGUAUGACCGUAUCCCUCGCGGGGACCUGCAGCAGAGGGUGAUCCACCUGCGGGUGCUGGGGGAGGGUGCGUUCUGGGAAAACACCCUGCUGGGCGAGGCCUUCAUCCCCCUGAAGACCCUGACAGCCGGGCAGUGCUGGGCAGACUGGCACCAGCUGGGCACGCCCAGCACCGACUCCACACGCUGAGAAUGAAAGUCGGAGGUGGAGCGUGAGAGGGAGAGAGGAACGACUGAUCAGGGUGUGCGUGCACACAGGUGUACGUGAGUGCGUUCAGUUGUUAUGGUCAGAGUUGUCCAGCUUCUCGGGCUGGUUUAUUCCCCCAGUGGGGGUGUGUGUGGACCCGUAUCCUGCCCAGGUUGGAUGUGUGUGUCCUAUGUAGGUUUGAGGUGUGUUUGUGUGUCUGUAGACUCAUUGACUCAUUCGCUCCCGAGUGGCGCAGCUGUCUAAGGCACUGCAUCUCAGUGCAAGAGGCAUCACUAUGGUCCCUGGUUUGAAUCCAGGCUUGUAUCACAUCCGGCCAUGAUUGAGAGACCCAGACCCAUAGCGGUGCGCAGUUGGCCCAGCAUUGGCCGGGUUUGGCCGGGGUAGGCCAUCAUUGUAAAUAACAAUUUGUCCUUAACUGACUUGCCUAGUUAAAUGAAGGUUAAAUUUAAAAAAUAUAUAUAAUUGACGGUCAAUCGUCACUGGACACUGUAUCCAUGGGACUGUACUGGACUGUAUGGACCUACUUUAAGAUUCUCUGAUCACCAUAAGAACGGACAACUGGGGCAUGUGAAGAUAACCAGUCUGUUCUUCUCAGUGACUCUGACUUCCAGAAGACUUUUCUCUGGUAACGACAUGGCCUCCCAAGACCAGGCAGCACAGGGGACCAGUGGGAGGAAGCAGAGGGCAUUGUUACUCUGUGAAAACAUGGACCGCUUCUUUCCCCUUUACAUGUAUCUAGGGCCAACGGAGAGACGUCCAUCUUACCGCCUGGCGGAAAAGACUUUGAAAUGGGUCUGGUCCCCUCCAAAGUCCUGUCUUUUAAAAGACUUUGAAAUGGGUCUGGUCCCCUCCAAAGUCCUGUCUUUUAAAAGACUUUGAAACGGGUCUGGUCCCCUCCAAAGUCCUGUCUUUUAAAAGACUUUGAAACGGGUCUGGUCCCCUCCAAAGUCCUGUCUUAUAAAAGACUUUGAAACGGGUCUGGUCCCCUCCAAAGUCCUGUCUUUUAAAAGACAACCGUAAGUUAUUUAUUUUUCAAGCGUUACCCUUCUGUUAGUGCCGCUCCAUUUCGAGCUCUGUUUGGUUAUGUGUGUGUGUGUGUGUGUGUGUGUGUGUGUAUGUGUGUGUGUGUGUGUGCGUGUGUGUGUGUGUAAAUGAUUUUGAUUUCUGUGUGUACCCCAGAUUUAUGCAGAUCGUGAUAUGUGAAUUAUGUUGGAUCCAGUCUUUCUGAUUUGAGAGAGAGAGAGAGAGAGAGAGAGAGAGAGAGAGGGCGUAGAUGCUUUUGUGUCAUUGUGGGGUAGAGAUGUACAGUACCAACCGGACCUGCCUAUGGUUUGGGUCCUCCCUAACACAGACUCACGUGACUUUCGUCCACUCAGCCUGAUUCAGUAGCUCCUCUGCAUUAGAACUUGUUGGAGUGUGCGCUGGUUUGGGUGUGUGUGUUUGUGUCUCCCAUUGUUGACUAGCUGUUGUAAUCCAAGCCUUACCUACGCUUCAUUUCACCGUUUGAUGAUAAUUGACACACAGGUCGUUGAUCAAAUUUUAAAUGUAGUACUGUGUGUUGACAAUGUUGUCUUCAUGGGAAAAUCUUCAAAUCUCAAACGUUUGUUAAAAAAUGUUUCUUAUAUCAACGCCUUCAGAAUAUUAUUUUGUUGUCGUUGCAUGAGUGCUUCUACGUCUACGUCUAUGUGGGGAAAAUCAGACGAUUAGCUGGCGUCACGGAUAAACUGCCUGAGCAAAGAAAUCUUUGUUCUUUCGGACACUAAACUCUCACGCCAUUCCGACUAUGUAGUGGAAAUGUUUCACUUGGUUUUAUUUCUCAUGCAUUUUGAACUUACAUUUGACUUUCGUGGCUUUUUCAAACGACAAAAGUGAUCCUGUUCAUGUGUUAUACAGUACUGUAGCUAUAAGAGGGGGGGACGGAACAGUGACAGAAGUGCUGACGAAGCAAAUCAAGGUUUCGACUACGUGCACAUUGCUCAACUCAUUUGUGUCUUUCCUCGGGAGAUACUCAGUGAUUUGAUAGUUUGCCAUUUUUGGCAUUGAUAUCUCGCUCUCAUUUUCUUGUGUAAGAGCUGGACACACUGUCCUUGUUUCACUGGCAGACAGACAAUGUGACCUUUCGCAAUGCAAAAUGGCCGCUUUCAGUGGGAAAAUCUGCUUGUGGGCAGAGUUGUUGCUAUUGAGAGUGGAAUAUCAAGGUUAACUCAUGAAUUGAGCAAGAAGGGUUGACCUGUAAAAAAUAUAUAUAUAUAAAUAACUAGGACAAGGUUUAUUCCUGGUCAGGAAAAAACAACUCCUGGUGAAAUAUGGUUAAUCGGUGAAGGAAGUUUCUAUGUUUCUAUAACAGAGCAGCUAUCGGUAAGAUAAGGAGGUCUUGGUGUCCGAUGUUUUCAGAUCACAAUACAAUUACAGGCGAAUACAGGUUAAGGCUGGCUUUCGAAGGUGUUGAAAUGUAACGCGUAUUUGUUUGGAUCAUUAAACAUACCCGCAUCCAUUGCAAGGAAUAUUUAGAUGCUAUUUGUUUUUGGUUUGGUUGCAUAGGCUUUGACAUAACAUACAAUUCACCAGCCCUGUUUUAAAAGCAUUGAUCUUUUUUCAACAUCUCUGAAAAUGUUUCUUCAUUCAGUAAUCAUGAAGAGUAGCUACAUCACUGUUUUAGAAACAAGGGUAGACAGUUUGAACAGGUGUGUGUUAGAAAUGACAAGAGGAGCUCUUCGACUAAAGGUUAGCCUAUCUCAGGCUGAAGUGCAGUAAUCACACAGGACCAGCAUGCUUAACCCGGACCAACCAGUUUAACCACUGCUCUCAUUCAAAAAACACAACACUUUAUUUGACUGCCCUUUGAAUGUGUCUGGUGGAUAUUUACAUAUUUUGUUUGGUUUCUAGAACAGGAAGAAUAUUCCCUGGGGGGGUGUUUCACUACAGUCUGAAUGGCUAUAAUGUGGCUAUAGGCUCUUAGUGUGACAUUUUUAAAUGAUUGAAAGAUGACUUUCUCCAUAUUGAGUGUUGGUAUUUGUUGUGUGCUAAAAGACUGAUGACCGAUAUUAAAGUAUUUUUAAUUGUUUUUUUUCCUUGUGACAGUUGUACCACUUUGGGGGAAAGGAGGGACACCAUAUGGCUUCCUCCUCCAUGUCUCUUUUACUUUCUGGUCUUGACACUCUAGCUAAGAGUAGAGUCAAAUAUGGAUCUCUAUGCAGUAUAGGGCUCUGGUUAAAAGUUUUAUGAUAGAAAUGUUGCUCUUGCCUAACAGACCAGUGAUUACACAUGGAAGGAGACCAGGACAGGGGUUAACUGGAAGGCAUUGGGACUCCCAAACCAAGCACCUACCUGCUAAAUACCAAGUGUAAAUCUGAAAAUAAUGUCUAGGUCUGAGCAAUAUAGUGAAAAUUCUACCAGAAGGUACCUCUCUAGUUCUUUCAGAUCUAUGUGAAGUGCCUAGGGGUAGGGGCUAGGGGUCAAUUUGGGAUUGGCAAGAGUUUGACCUGAGUCCUUCCAGGUCAACUCCAAGGGACUGAACUCUGACCUCUAUGGAAUGCUGGGAAAACGGGACCGAAUGUAAGUUCAAAAUGAACUGGAUCUUGUGUACUGUAAAUACUGAGAAUAUCAUUAAUGUGAUUUCUUUCUUUUAUUCAGGAUAUAGUUUUACCCCACUUCUUAUGCUUUAGACUUUAAAAUUGUAUUGCAUUUUCUUAUUUUUUGACCAUGUUUUGUAAUAUUGUUUGCACUAAAUAAUAACAAAAUAAACUUGAAUCUAAAAGA